AUGGAGCCGGGGUUGGGUGUCAGCUCUGGCGGGCGCUGGAUCCGGUUGUGCCCAAAUCACCGGAAACGACAGAGGACCGUGGAGGAUUUCAACCAGUUCUGCACCUUCGUUUUGGCCUACGCAGGCUACAUCCCCUACCCUGAAGAGAAUGAGCCCUGGACUCACGGAGGCAGCAUGAGUCCCCAGAACAGCACAGGGAGCACUCAGGACAGCGAUAGCUGGGCCUCAUCCCACUCCUCCGACUGCCAUGUCCUGACAGAUGACGGAAGGAACAGGAACGCCAUGGCCAGGGCGGCUGCGGACAACAGCCUGCUCAUGAGCUGCCCUGCCUUCCCCACCGGCUUCUAUGAUGUCCGGCCCCAGCAAACCAAACGGAAGAAACCACCAGCAAAGAAACUCAUUUUGGAGCAGGAGGUGGAGAAGAGGGUGCCGCUGAGCGCUGGGAAGGGCUUUGGGGCAGAGCAGGACAGGGUGAAGGAGCUGGCUGCGCUGGAGGGACAGCUGCCUCCCGUGAAAGAGCAACUCUUGGAGCCUUCCCUCAACCCGGCUGGGGACCCUCAGCCCAACUCCCUCCUGGAGGAGCUGAUGAAGGAGAAGGACUGGAUGCAUGGAGCGCAGGGGACCGAGAAGCCAGCAGGAGAUGAUCCUCAGCUAAAGGAGCACGACCCCUGCCCUGGAGGGAGGAAAAGCCCCAGUUCUUGUAGUACUUUGGACCAAAGUGAAGGGGAAGAUGCGAGCAGAGGGAGCUCCCAGCUUAGCGCAGUUGAGUUCGCGGCAGCUCCCAACACCAAAGCAGAAGAUGAUGACGCCUGGGAUCUGAUCACCUGCUUCUGCCUGAAGCCCUUCGCAGGGAGGCCCAUGAUUGAAUGUAACGAAUGCGCUACCUGGAUCCACCUCUCCUGUGCCAAGAUCCGCAAAUCCAACGUGCCUGAGGUUUUCAUCUGCCAGCGAUGCCGCGAUGCCAAGCAGGAGAUUCGCCGCUCGAACCGAGCUCGGACGGUGCCCCGCAAGCGCUUCUGUGACUGA